GCGUUCGAUGCACAAGGCUUCGGUACAGCGCACGCAUUGGGCAGUAGUCGGGCGCUGUUGGAAAUGAUUCAACACAAUAAUGCAACACAUCCGCAUACAAAGUUGUCGGCGCUACCCGAGAAUGUGAGCGGUUCAUCGGAUGAUUCGGAUGUCGAGAACGGCUGUGCGCAACGUCCGUCGACAAGUAAACGAGCGGCGGCAACUGCUCGACGCGUUUCCAAUGGCACGAAUAAUGCUGCUAGUGCAAGCGUUUUCUCGGGUCCUAGUACUGCAGCUGGAAGUUCAAGCGGAGCUGCAGCAGAACGCAGUGGUCGGCAACGGGCGCUCUCAUCAUCAUCCACCGAAAGUGGUGGCACUUAUAUUGCCGAUACACCAUCGGCGAUUUUUCAUGCAUCAAGCUCAGCGCUAGUGAUGCGACAUGUUCCUGAUCGAGAUCGGUGA